CCGAAAAUUCCUAUUUUUGCAGUUUUCAUGGCGGCUCGUAAUUUUUCCAAUCCGUUCGACGAUGACGACGACGUCGACGUCAAUCCUUUCGCGGACCAAAACCAUGGGAAGGGUCAGGCAAGCCAUGGCGGAGGAGCAUUUUACAUGACAAAUCCAAGAAGUGAUACCCCUUCGAGCUCGAAGCUCUCUCCUCUUCCUCACGAGCCAGCCGACUAUAACCAUGGCGCAACAGUCGACAUUCCUCUUAAUAACUCAAAAGAUUUGAAGAAGAGAGAGAUGGAGCUCCGGGCUAGAGAAGCCGAACUAAACAAGUGGGAACAGGAACUGAAAAGGAGAGAAGAUGCCAUCAAACGAUCCGGAGGGCUAGGCGAGAAAAAAAAUUGGCCGCCAUUCUUUCCCCUUAUCCACAACGACAUUGCGAAUGAAAUACCGGUCCAUUUACAGAGGAUGCAAUACGUCGCAUUUACAACAUUCUUAGGUUUGAUACUAUGUCUUCUAUGGAAUUUUAUCGCAAUUAGCAUAGCAUGGUCGAAGGGAGCAGAUCCAACUAUAUGGUUUCUCGCUAUCAUUUAUCUCAUAACCGGUGUUCCAUCAGCCUAUAUGUCGUGGUACCGACCUCUUUAUCGGGCAAUGAGGACGGAGAGUGUUCUCAACUUUGGAUGGUUCUUCUUAUCUUACAUGGUCCACAUUGGCUUUUGCGCAUUCGCCACGGUGGCUCCUCCGAUGAUUUUUAGAGGGGAUUCUCUAACCGGAAUCUUGCCGGCAAUCGGAUAUUUUACCUCGGACGCUCUUAUGGGGGUACUUUACCUUGUGGGCGCUAUACUCUUUUGCAUCGAAGCAACAGUUAGCGUAUGGGUUAUUCAGGAAGUUUACAUGUAUUUUAGAGGAAGCGGGAAAGCCGCAAAAUUGAAAAAAGAGGCUAAAUCAACGAUGAUGUCGGCACUUUGAGAUUGUCCGGGAAAAAAUUGUUAGUUUCUUGAAUUCUUAGGUCGGAUUAUUUUGAUAUAUGUUGUUACUUACACACAUUCGAAACGAUGUGCUUUUUGUUUACAUGUUUGUUAAAAAUUGCAAUUACGGUA